CAACUCUCUUGCGCCGCGCACUGCCGUGCGUUUAACCCAGGCGAGGAGGAGGAGGAGAAAAUUCCCCCAGAUCCGGGCAGUCUAUCCUUAGGAUGAAGCUUUCACUGAACUGAACGAAGAGGAAACAGCCCUGAAUCCCUGGAGGUCUGCCGGAAUUUAAGGCCCUGCACAAGUACAAGCUUGGUGGAAAAAAGUAAACUGCCCGUGUUCCCAGCAGGUCCUGCUCUGCUUGCAGCCUGUGGAAAACCUGUGAGCCUGAGCGGAAGUGCCUCGCCCAGACGUGCACACAUCCCAUUUAGGAAAGCCAGUUCCACACCCUGGAUCAGAGAAUUACUUCAGCUGCACCAUGAGCCGAGUUCGAGAUGCUGGCUGUGUCGCGGCCGGGAUAGUGAUUGGGGCUAGUGCCUGGUACUGUGUCUACAAAUAUGCCAGGGGAAGAAACCAGACAAAGAAGAGAAUGGCCAAGCCCAGGACAAGGGCUGUGGCUGGGAAUGGAGCCAGGGCUAGAGCCGGACCAAGGGCUGGAUUCACAAUUGACCUUGGGCCUGGAUUCGGUCCUCCAACCCCAGUCCGCACUCGGACAGAGGACAGGGCCCAGGAUGAAGCCUCUGCUCUGGAAGCAGCUGGAGAUGAGGCAGUGGCCCCAGCUGCAGCCAGCGCUGAGGCUCAGAGUGGGGCAGGAAAUCAGGUCCAGGAGGCAGAAGGGGCAGGGGUUGGAUCUAAGGCUGAACCAGUAGCAAGGGCCACAGCGCCUUCCUCAAUGGCACCACCCCCCGGGGAGGCAGAGGCUUCCGUGGCUGCAGAAGCCCCCACAGUGGCAAGGGCUCCCAAGUCGCCAGAAGCCCCUGGCACAGCAGAGGCUGCCGGGGUGCCCAUGGUGCCUCCCAGGGCGCCAGCCCCUACCGAGGCGGCAGCAUCUACAGAGGCUGCGGAGGCUCCUGUACCCACAAUGCCUCCUGCCGCACCAGUGCCUUCUGGGGCAACAGUGCCUACUGGGGCUGCGGAGGCUCCUGGGACUUCAGGAUACCCCAGAACAGCAGCACCCUCCAAGAAAGCAACGCCUGGGGCUCAUACCGGCGCUAUACCGAAGGCCGGGUCAGUGGCUGGAGCUGUACCCAAAGGUGGAGCCAAGGCAACCAGGUCUCGGACUGGGGGCAAGGGCAAGGGCAAGAAAAACAAGGUGGAAGUAGAUGAACUGGGGCUGGGUUUCCGCCCUGGGGAUGGGGCUGCGGCAGCUGCUGCAGCCUCCGCUAACGGGGGACAGGCUUUUCUGGCAGAGGUCCCUGAUUCUGAGGAAGGGGAGUCCGGGUGGACUGACACAGAGUCCGAGUCAGACUCUGAGCCUGAAACCCAGCAGAGAGGGAGAGGGGGGAGGAGACCUGUUCCCAUGCAAAAGCGCCCCUUUCCUUAUGAAAUAGAUGAGAUUCUGGGUGUCCGAGACCUCAGGAAAGUCCUUGCUUUGCUUCAGAAAUCUGAUGAUCCUUUUAUCCAACAGGUAGCUUUGCUCACUCUGAGCAACAAUGCCAAUUAUUCAUGCAACCAGGACACAAUUCGCAAAUUGGGAGGCCUCCCAAUUAUUGCAAACAUGAUCAACAAAACCGAUCCCCACAUUAAGGAAAAAGCCUUAAUGGCCAUGAAUAACCUGAGUGAGAACUAUGAAAAUCAGGGCCGACUUCAGGUAUACAUGAAUAAAGUAAUGGAUGAUAUCAUGGCCUCUAACUUGAACUCAGCAGUACAGGUAGUCGGACUAAAAUUUUUAACAAACAUGACAAUUACCAAUGACUACCAGCACCUGCUUGUCAACUCCAUUGCAAACUUUUUCCGUUUGUUAUCUCAGGGAGGUGGAAAAAUCAAGGUUGAGAUUUUGAAAAUACUUUCAAAUUUUGCUGAAAAUCCAGAUAUGUUAAAAAAACUGCUUAGCACCCAAGUGCCAUCAUCCUUUAGUUCCCUUUAUAAUUCUUAUGUGGAAUCAGAAAUUCUUAUUAAUGCCCUUACUCUGUUUGAGAUCAUCUAUGACAAUCUCAGAGCAGAAGUAUUCAACUACAGAGAAUUCAAUAAAGGUUCCCUUUUUUACUUAUGCACUACAUCUGGAGUGUGCGUUAAGAAAAUUCGAGCCUUAGCCGAUCACCAUGACCUCUUGGUGAAAGUGAAAGUUAUAAAACUAGUGGACAAAUUCUGAUUGGCUAUGUGCUCUCAAAAGACUUGAAGAAAUUUCUUGAUUUUCCAGUCUGGAAGCAAUGAAAAUUGAAAGUUAUUGCUUUUCCACUUGUCCAUGUACUAAAGGGAUCCUUUCAGCUGCCAGUUUUGAAUAAUGUAUCAUCCAGAAUGAUGUUAUCUGUGACAGUCUCCAGCUUGAAGCUGAACCAUUUUAUGAAUACCAAAUAAAUAGUCCUCUUGUACUGAAAAC